GAUGAGAAUAAAAGGGGGCGACGCGGUCAUUGUGGGGAGGAGCAUUUUGGCCAUAAUAAAAUCCCCAAAUCUCUCUCUCUCUCUCUCUCUCUCUCUCUCUCUCUGUGUUCGAUUCGUAGCAACGCCUCUCAUCUCUAAGCGUGGAGUAAUCGAUCAAUUGUUGGAACCCUAGGUCGGAGAAGUGUUGGAGUUGGUGAUCUUAGUGGGGAGGAGAUGGGGAGACGAGGUGCCCUCGGAUUCGCGGCGAGAUUCGCCGUUUAAGUUGAUGGAAACAUCGGGAAUCGGUUGGAAAAGAGUUGGUUUUGGAACUGCGUUUGUUGCAUCUUAUCCAUGGGUUCGUUCGUUAAGGAGAAGGCCCCCGUUCUUUUCGCAUUCGCAGAUACAAUGGAAGAAUUUGAAGAACAUGCCGAGAUAAACAGCGACCUUAAAGUCAGCUUCGGCUAUCACUGCAACUCCUCCCGAAGUUGUUUCGCUGAAGCUAACUAUGAAUGUGAACUUUCUUCGGGGCUUCAAAUUCAAGAUUCCAAAAUCAAGUCUCGGAGUAGUUCAUUUUCCUGCUUAUCUGGCGCUGCUAUUAGUGCGAAUUUCACAUUAGCAAAUACCAAUAUAUGCAACGGACUAAUUGGGGAGGAAAUUCUACCGGAAUUGGACUCGCCAAAUUCAUUCAGAAAGAUGACGCUUUCGCCCUCUGUCUCGCGAUUGGACCUGCUAUCUUCCUCUCAGGGCAGCGUGUCAACUGAUAAUGAAAACGGUGAAGUUGGUAAACACUUUUGGCAAUCUAUGAGUGCUCCUACUAGGGUAGAAUCCUCAAGUUUUCUCAAGGGCAUGGAUGUACAGAUGGCUGGGGGAGCAGCUGGAGAAGAUCGGGUCCAAGCUGUAUGUUCUGAGGAAAACGGUCUGCUAUUUUGUGGGGUGUACGAUGGGUUCAAUGGCCGAGAUGCAGCCGAUUAUUUGGCCGGAACGCUGUACGAUAAUAUAGGGUAUUAUCUGUAUUUGCUGGAGUGGCGCAUCAAACAACAAAAUGAACUCAGCGGCUCACAUGAAGAAAAUCAUUUUCCGUGCAGCGAUGGCUUAGUCAAGAGCAACUUAUCUUUGGCCAUUAAGAGAUCAGAGACCGAAGAUACACAAAAGAUGCCACUUAAUACUAUAGAUGUCUUGGAUUGCCUUACUCAAGCUCUUGCACAAGCUGAGAGCGAUUUUAUGAGAAUGGUCGAGCAAGAAAUGGAAGACAGGCCUGAUUUAGUUUCUGUUGGGUCCUGUGUGCUGAUUGCUCUUCUUCAUGGGAUGGAUUUGCAUAUUUUGAAUCUCGGAGAUAGCAGAGCAGUUCUGGCUACUUGCAAUGCUUCCGGAAGCGGUUUGUUGCGCGCCAUUCAACUAACAGAGACCCAUAAUGUUGAUAACGAGUUAGAGCAUAAAAAACUCUUGGCGGACCAUCCUGAUGAUACUGCAGUCGUCCUCGGCGGCAAAAUAAAAGGCAAAUUGAAAGUAACUCGUGCAUUUGGGGUUGGAUAUCUGAAAGAGAAAAAAUUCAAUGAUGCACUGAUGGGCAUUCUUCGUGUACGCAACUUGCGUAGCCCGCCGUAUGUCUAUACCAAUCCGCACACCUUAAGCCAUCGGGUGUCAGAGAGCGACUUGUUCGUUGUACUUGGCAGCGAUGGACUCUUUGAUUUCUUCAGCAACGAUGAAGUUGUGAAACUAGCUCAUGAGUUUAUCCAGGGUAAUCCGUGUGGCGAUCCCGCCAAAUAUCUAAUCGAGCAACUUCUUCUUCGAGCGGCGAAAAAUGCAGGUUUGAGCGCCGAAGAGCUGACGAGGAUACCAGUCGGGAGGAGGAGGAAGUAUCACGAUGACGUCACCGUCAUUGUGAUCAUCCUGGGAAAUAAGCAGCGAACUUCAAGGGCGUCGACGUCGUAUUAAUCAGCAUCGAAAUCUUUGGAUCUCGCAUUCUAUCCUUCGCCUUUUAAGUUUUGAAGGACCACGCGAGCACAUCAUUUCCACGACAUGUGGUGUAAAUAAUUCGUGUCCGAAACCUCCUAGUGGCGAUGUUUGAGUCCUUUUUUUACCCCUUUUUUUUUUUGGUUGGAUUUAGGUUUUGGUUAUUGGGUAAUGCGACGAUUAGUCGGUUUGUUUUCGAAUAAAUAACAGUAGUGCAUGAUAUACUGUAUGCUAAGCUUCGGUGCUUUUGUAUUCAUGUCCUGCAAAAACCCUGCUCAAAGUUAAAGAAAUUUUGAAGUUGCAGAAGAAAUUGUUGCUUUGGUAGCUGAUUCAGAUCAUCCUUUUCUCUUCAUCUUUUUUUUUCUUUAUUUUUGAGGGGCCAAGUAGAACUAACUCUUUGCAGGCUUUAUUAGAGAAGUAAUUUGU